AUUAUUAUCUCACAAAUUCUUAAAAGUAAAACACACUCAUGGCUUUCUCAACCAAUCAAAAUUUUAUUUUUGUAUUAUUCUUAUUUUUCUUUAUCCUCAAAACGUCAGCAUCAUUAACAAAUCACUCGUCCCCCGAUGGGCUUUUACCAUUCGCACGUAAACAUGUUAUCAUCAUCAACAAAUUGGUCACACGUGCAACGUUGAUUGUACAUUGUACUAACAAAGGGGAAGAUUUAGGGGUAAUAAGACUCAACCCUCUAGAUCGUUUUGAUUUCAGGUUUCGUGUCAAUCUCCGUAAAACAACAACAUACACUUGCAGUUUCGAGUGGCCCGGCAAUACAGCUACGUUUGAUAUUUUUAGAGCUGAUAGAGACGAUAAUCCAAGCGGUAAAUAUGGAGUUUGCAGCGAAUGUAUAUGGAGUAUUUAUGAGCCAGCUCCUUGUCGUGAUAGACGUGAUGGAGGCCAACCUCAGUGUUUUCCUUGGGCUUCUUAGUCAUCUAAAAAUAUUUAAGAUAUUUGUAUUUUCCCUUUCAUUUACUUUAGUAAUAAUAAAAUAAAAUAAUUUUGUGUUUG